UGGCGCAUGGAGAAUAAUAUUGCACUCCUGACUCACAUUGGAAAUAACGAAUUGGUGAAUUUAGAACAAUAAAUUUUUGCAAUCUUGUGUUAAAUGUGUCUCAAAAAAUUGGCAUAAACCCACCAAUAAAUUUAAAAUUGUCUAAUUGUAAUCCUAAACUUAUUACGAUUACAAUUAGAGUUUACUGCAAAAGUUCCCGUAAGAUAGUAGUUAAAUUUCUACGUGUCUCACGAACAUUUGCAAAAAUGGAUUCCCAAACAACUCAGUUUAACAACAAUACACUUGCCCUAGGUCCAGGGGUGGAUUUGGAAUGUCAACACCGCAUUUUGUCACUCAGACGAAAACUAAGCAAGAAAAAUGCCAAAGUUUUACAAAAGUCGGCUAACCCAACGUCUCCUGGAAACUUGAUAAGAUCCCUGGAACACACUUCCGAACCCUCACAUGCCAACUGUCGCCAAAGAGAGGAAGAACUCCUUCGGAAACUUGGACAGAACAUAAAAUUUGCGGAAACAGGGGCAAAAGAUCCAAAAUUUGGAACAAAUUGUGCAACAGCAGAAACGAACGAUCCAAGAACUAACUUGUCAGCUACAACGACAUGGCGGUCAUGACGAGCCUAGAUCCAAGCCAUAGACUUCCAACAGCCUGGCGGGCCUCCUGUCGGACCCAAUGGCUGAACUUCAUGCCAGACGUAAUAACACGGCAAUGCUGGCAUCGCUUUUAAGAAAUAGUAAUCUCGACAGUGAUGAGGGCGAGGACGACCCGCCGCAAAGGGGUAGAGUGAGACACGUUGCCGGGACAAGAAAAAACAACAAUAUUUUGUAAUUUAGAACUCAUUUUUUUAUUAUUGUUGGUUAUUACGUAACCUAUUUCCACCUUGAUAAGGUGUCUCAAUAUUUAGCCGGGAAUGCAAAAAUUCAUUUUAACAAUAUGUAGGUACAAAACCAUUUCGUGCUUUGGUACGGCCUUGACAGAUACACUCUAAAUAAAAAUAACUAAAAUUUCCCUAAGGUUGAGUAAAAAAGAGGAUGACACAACAAUUGGAUAAAUUUUACACAAGUUGAAUAAAUUUUGCACAACCGUUGUGUAAAUUUUACCCAAUUGUUGUGUCACCCUCUUUUUUACUCAACCUUGGGGAAAUUUUCCACAACUUUUAUUUAGAGUGUACCAUGGGCAAAUUUACGAAUAUCUGGAUAAAUGUUGAGCAGCAACCUUGAUACGUCGUAUACGUAAAAUGUUUAUAUUUUCACGUGGAACUUGUUAACGUAUAGUCAGUGUUGUAUAGCUACUCAUGAAAGUAGUUGAGCUACAAAUACAACUACUUUGCAUGAAAGUAGUUGAAUUUCAACUAUAUUUUCAACUACUUCUUUUAGUUUAGCCACUAGCUACUAACUACAUUUCAACUACUUUUCAACUACAUUUCCCAAAUCUCUUAAAUUUUCAUGAAUCAGCGCCAUACUAGGAGAAAGCAAACGUUCAAUAAAGCUCUAUCAAAGAAAUAUUA